AUGUGGCUCCAGCUCCUCACUGGCCUGGGUCACUGCGCCUGGGAGCCGCUGCACGUUAUGUCCCGGCUGCGCCUUUGGUUGCCACGGCUCUUCCUCACGUGGCUACAACUGUGGCUUCAAGUCCAAGCAGUUCAGCCUCCGGAGUGGGCCCUGGGCCCCGUCCAGGUGACCCCCAACUCCCCGCGGCUGACAGAGGCUUGGUCUUCAUACGCCUCAGACCCCCCUCCCAAAUUGCCCCAUGCCCUUACACCCCUGGCAGAAGCCGGGGGCUUUAAUUACUUGACGACCUCGUCUCCAGUCCUGAUGGUGGCCCCGCCUCAUCGGGAGUUGACUGAGACUGAGUUUCCAUACCCGGACACGGAUUCAGUUGCAGAGCUGCCUACAGGGCCAGAUCGGUUUGCUGUUCCACAUCAGGAUCUGAAUAACAAGCAAACCCAACAUCAAAAGAUCCCAGAGGCGGUUCCAGUGCCAGACUGGGGUCAGAAUCAGCCCUUGGUUCUGCCUUCUCGACACAAAAGUAAGACUACACACAUAGGUCUAGGUCAGGCUGAAGGUCACCAAUCAGUUGAAAUACCUGUUCCACCUCUAGGUAGUAAGAGCUCAAAACCAAUGAAGUUUAUUGUUUCUCCCCCAAACCUGAAGAAAGAUCGAGUUCAGCACCAAUGGCUUGCCAAAGUUGUUGUUGGAACUACAGGCCAAUUUGAAAAAACCACUCAGGGUUUAGAACGACAGUUGCAGGCUGAUUAUUUAGAUCCCAGUAUGGAUGCCUUUCAUCUUGAGGAGAGCCUAUCUAGGGCUUUUCUGGGUAGCCCAGAUGAACCUCCAGAGCCCCCAGAGGAAGCUGAAAUUUCUCCAUCCCAGCAGGAGGCCCAAACUCGUCCUCCAGAGCUCACUGAGGAGGCUGAAUCUUUACCCCAGCAAGAGGCCCCCGCUCAGCAUCCACAGACCCCUGAGGAGGUUGAAUGUCUUCCACCCCAGGCAGAGACCCAGGCUCAGCAACCAGAGCCCACUGAAGAGGUAGAACCACCUCCACUUCAGCAGGAGGCUCCAUCUCAGCCUUCAGAGGCCCCUGAGGAACUAGAAACUCCACGUCCUCAGGAGGCCCUAACCCAGGUUUUGGAGACACGUAAGGAGGUUGUAGUUCAAAUAGUAGCACAUCAUGGGCACUUACCGUAA